AUGCAGGGAGUUCUGCAGUCAAAGGGCGUUUUUUGUUUACCUUCAAACCCUAAGAACAGAGCUUUUCUCGCAAAACCCUCAUGUGAUUUGAGGCUCAGGUUCACCCCCUUAAACCCUCUGUCAAAAUCAAGCACACUCAAUCUCAAUAGCAAGCCAUCUCUUUUAUCCGUUAAUGGGUUCUCAAAGUUGCAAGGCUUUGUGGCAAAACCUCAAUCUGUCACUCAAAAAAAGCCUAGAAAUUUUCCUGUUUGUAGGGCUGAGGCUGCUGCUGCUGCUGCAGCUUCACCCGAUGGACAAUCCCCGUAUGGAGCAAAAGAAGAGCCAAAAUUUAUGGGCAUUGAGAUUGUGACCUUAAAAAAGAUAUUACCCCUUGGGAUGAUGUUUUUUUGCAUUCUGUUCAAUUACACAAUUCUGAGGGACACUAAGGAUGUCUUGGUUGUGACGGCCAAAGGUUCAAGUGCUGAGAUUAUACCUUUCUUGAAAACAUGGGUGAAUUUGCCAAUGGCUAUUGGGUUUAUGCUGCUGUACACUAAGUUGGCUAAUGUGUUGUCAAAAGAUGCUCUUUUUUACUCUGUUAUUCUGCCAUUUAUUGCCUUCUUUGGGGCAUUUGGGUUUGUGCUGUACCCUCUGAGCCAUUAUUUUCACCCCACAGCUCUUGCUGAUAAGCUUUUGAACAUAUUGGGCCCGAGGUUUCUUGGGCCACUUGCUAUUAUGAGGAUUUGGAGUUUCUGCUUGUUCUAUGUUAUGGCUGAGCUCUGGGGCAGUGUGGUUGUGUCUGUCCUGUUUUGGGGGUUUGCUAAUCAGAUAACCACUGUUGAUGAAGCCAAAAAAUUUUAUCCCCUGUUUGGUCUUGGAGCAAAUGUCGCCCUCAUUUUCUCGGGCCGAACUGUGAAAUACUUUUCUCAGAUGAGGCAAAACUUGGGGCCGGGUGUCGAUGGUUGGGCCAUAUCAUUGAAGGGGAUGAUGGGUAUUGUGGUGGGGAUGGGCCUUAUGAUUUGCUUUUUUUACUGGUGGGUGAAUCACAAUGUUCCUCUUCCGACACGUAGUUUGAAGAAGAAGGAGAGGGUGGAAAUGGGGACAGCUGAGAGCUUGAAGUUUUUGGCAUCUAAAAGAUACAUUAGAGAUCUUGCAACUUUGGUCGUAGCAUAUGGCAUCAGUAUUAACCUUGUUGAGGUUACGUGGAAAUCAAAGCUCAAAGCUCAGUUCCCAACACCAAACGAAUAUUCAUCCUUCAUGGGCGAUUUCUCGACUGCAACUGGAAUAGCAACUUUCACGAUGAUGCUCUUGAGCCAGUGGAUAUUCAACAAGUACGGGUGGGGUGUGGCUGCGAAAAUCACGCCCACCGUCUUGCUCCUCACGGGCGUUGGCUUUUUCUCGCUCAUCUUGUUUGGUGACCCUUUUGCCCCUGCUCUCGCCAAAUUCGGAAUGACCCCACUUUUGGCUGCCGUGUACGUGGGGGCCAUGCAGAACAUCUUCAGCAAGAGUGCCAAGUACAGCUUAUUCGACCCCUGCAAGGAGAUGGCCUACAUUCCUCUGGACGAGGAUACUAAGGUGAAAGGGAAAGCAGCAAUUGACGUGGUUUGCAACCCGCUUGGGAAAUCGGGAGGUGCAUUAAUCCAGCAGUUCAUGAUCCUAACCUUUGGGUCACUUGCGAAUUCGACUCCAUAUUUAGGAGGUGUCCUCCUUGUGAUUGUGCUUGCAUGGCUUGGGGCAGCCAAAUCAUUAGACACUCAAUUCACGGCUCUAAGACAAGAGGAGGAGCUGGAGAAGGAGAUGGAGAGGGCCGCCGUUAAAAUACCGAUUAUGCCCUCGGAUGAGGCUGCCAGCAGCAACGACUCCCUCGGUAAUAGCUCCACGCUCGGGAACUCGUCUAUCUCCUAG